CAGAUGCUUAUCAGCUGUUGGCUGUAGCUGCGGUCGCUUCACACGGUUUACCAAAGUUUCGUUUGCGUUUCAUCACUGCCAAUUUCUGUUUGCCGUGCCGUAGGUGCCGUGUGUACAAGAGAACAGCAAUUAUUUAACGCUUCUUGAAUUAUUUAGUCUGAAAACAAGCCAAUACUCGGUCCAUUGAGAAUUGAGCUAUCCUUGGUGGUGUAUCAUCGGUAAUCCAUAAUCACGCAGCCCAGCGCUUCCGCCGCACAGUAUUACACAAUUCGAUUGCCCUUUUAUCUCCGUGAAAAUUAUUUGUGUUUUUUUUUUGUCAUUAUAAUGCUGUAAACGACACAGAACUUUGUUGAUAAAAAAAAGUAUCAUCCGUGGAAAAGUGUUAUCUCAUACUGAGGCGCAAUUUAUUACCACGGCGGCUCCCUCGAGAAGGCGACAAUCAGUCGAGGUGAAGAUACACUUCUUAUAGGAUCGUGCUUGAGAGUGAUACAUCCUACGUUAUGUCGAGUGGUGGAAAAUACAAUUUUGCUAUCGAUCGCGGCGGCACCUUCACCGAUGUGCUUUGUAUUACACCGGAGGGGGGUAUUCGUACGUUGAAGUUGCUCUCGGAGGAUCCGGCAAACUAUCCGGAUGCACCAACGGAAGGCAUUCGUCGCAUCUUGAAUCAGGAGAUUGGUGAUCUGUCGCGAACUGGUGAUGGUUUAGUGAACACCGAACUGAUCGGCUGGGUGCGAAUGGGAACGACGGUGGCCACCAACGCUCUGUUGGAGAGAGCCGGCGAUCCGGUAGCGCUGGUAGUUAAUCGGGGCUUUCGAGAUCUACUGCAGAUUGGUAAUCAGGCCAGACCGAACAUUUUCCAACUGAACAUUCUCAAACCGUCCAACCUGUACCGCGAGGUAGUCGAGAUUGAUUGUCGAAUAGUGCCAUCUCAGCGCGACGUAUGCCAACUGGAUCAAACCUGGGACGAGCUGCAGGGUGCAUCCGAUGCACGCUAUCUGGAAAUGGCUUCGAUCGACGAGAGCCAAAUACGUGCGCAGUUGGUUGAGGUUCUUGGAAAGGGUAUAACUUCCCUGGCGGUGGUUCUAGCGCACAGUUACGCCUGCCCGGAUCAUGAGCUGAAGGUUGGUGAUAUUGCGCGAGAAGUAGGAUUUCGGCACGUCACGCUGUCACACAAAGCUAUGCCUAUGUGUCGGUUAGUGGCCAGAGGAUUUACCGCAUGUGCCGAGGCGUAUUUAACACCGCAUGUCGAACGCUACUUGGCUAGUUUUCGAGCAGGAUUUAAGGACAAACUAGAAGGGGUGGAUGUUCUAUUCAUGCAGAGUGAUGGUGGUUUGACUAAGAUGGAAAACUUUAGAGGAGCCAGAGCAAUUUUGAGCGGUCCUGCGGGUGGUGUUGUUGGUUAUGCCGUAACAGGAUCCCGGGACUCCGAUAAUCAGCCACUGAUUGGUUUCGAUAUGGGUGGGACGUCGACGGACGUUUCGAGGUUCGCGGGGACGUAUGAUCACGUGGUAGAGUCUACAACGGCAGGAGUUACCAUUCAAGCUCCUCAGUUGGAUAUUAACACGGUUGCUGCGGGUGGUGGAUCACGCCUUUUCUUCCGUUCGGGAUUGUUUGUUGUGGGACCAGAGUCUGCUGGGGCUCACCCGGGACCAACGUGCUACAAGAAAGGUGGCCCUUUGACAGUUACUGAUGCCAAUUUGAUACUCGGUCGUCUGCUACCGGAAUAUUUUCCGAAGAUUUUUGGACCUAAUGAGAACGAAGCGCUGGAUUACAUGGCCACUAAGAAGGCAUUUGUAAAUCUGCAGCAGGAGAUCAAUAAGCACAUUAUUGAAUCCGGGGAAAGCGAAAAACCACUAUCGUUAGAGCAGAUAGCAAUGGGUUUUAUUCGUGUAGCUAAUGAAGCUAUGUGUCGGCCGAUCCGAGCGCUAACUCAGGCUAGAGGGCUUGACACGUCGAAACAUGUAUUGGCAUGUUUCGGAGGAGCUGGCGGACAGCAUGCUUGUAGCAUCGCCAAAGAGCUCGGUAUGAGCAAAGUUUUAGUCCAUAAAUAUGCCGGUAUAUUAUCUGCCUAUGGAAUGGCUCUGGCGGAUGUAGUCCAUGAGGCACAAGAGCCGGCUAGCUUGGUUUUAAAUGCGGAGAACCGAUUGACCAUUAGAGACAAAUUGAAUGAACUGUCUUCGGCUUGUAAGGAACAUCUUAUGUCACAAGGAUUUCAGGAAGAAUCUAUUGUUUUGGAACCCUACUUACAUUUGCGUUACGAUGGCACAGAUUGCGCUCUGAUGUGCGCCCCGGACAAGGUUAUCAACAAUCAAGACAAUUACAUUUACACUUACGGAGACUUCGAAAAAACUUUCUUUGAGAGGUACAAAAGCGAAUUCGGGUUUGUGUUGGAAAAUCGAAAGAUCAUUGUGGAUGACAUCCGGGUUCGAGGAUCCGGCAAGUCAUCUAUUUACGAAGAAACGACAAUUGCAGAAGCAGAUGGUCCGAUUCAUCCAGAAAAAACGACGACCACUUACUUUGAGGAAGGUCCAUUGGUAACCCCUGUAUUCGAUUGCUCGAAACUUUGCUGCGGGCAUACGGUUCAGGGUCCGGCGAUCCUAAUUGACAAACUGUCCACCAUCGUGAUCGAACCGGGUUGCCAAGCAUUGGUGACUUCCAAAGGAGAUUUAAUCAUCGAAAUAACGUCUGAUAAUGCUAAUAAGCGUAUUGACGAGCGUUUGGACGCCGUGCAGUUGAGUAUAUUCAAUCAUCGUUUCAUGAGCAUUGCGGAACAGAUGGGCCGAGUACUGCAACGUACGGCCAUUUCAACUAACAUCAAGGAACGUUUGGAUUUCUCUUGUGCUUUAUUCGGUCCCGAUGGAGGCCUUGUAAGCAAUGCUCCACAUAUUCCUGUUCACCUUGGCGCAAUGCAAGAAACAGUUCAGUACCAGAUAAAAGUUCGAGGAGAUACGUUGAAACCUGGUGACGUAAUUCUAUCAAACCAUCCACAAGCAGGAGGCUCCCAUCUUCCGGAUUUGACGGUCAUCACGCCGGUCUUUUAUCCGGAAACGCCUAAACCUGUAUUCUUCGUCGCAUCGCGUGGCCACCAUGCCGACAUCGGUGGUAUUACACCCGGCUCAAUGCCGCCCCAUUCUAAAUCGCUAGCGCAGGAAGGAGCAGCCUUCAAGUCCUUUUUACUGGUCGAUGGAGGCGUGUUUAUGGAGCAGAAUAUUAUUGACCGUUUGGUAACACCGACCGAUGCUCCGGGCGCCACAGGCACCAGAAAUCUGUCGGAUAAUUUGUCCGACUUGAAAGCGCAGAUCGCUGCCAACCAAAAGGGCAUUCAGUUGGUAGCCGAACUCAUCGACCACUAUGGGCUGAGCGUGGUGCAAGCCUACAUGGGCUAUAUGCAGCAGAACGCCGAGUUGGCUGUGCGGGACAUGCUGAAGGAGAUCGCCAAGGAGAGUAAAUUGAGAACUGGAUCCACCAUUCUGGAGGCGGAAGAACGCAUGGACGAUGGAUCACCUAUCCGUCUUUGCGUGUCCAUCGACGAAAAGGAGGGUUCAGCAGUUUGCGACUUUAGCGGAUCCGGUACGGAAGUCUACGGUAACUGCAACGCACCACGUGCUAUCACCCUGUCAGCAUUGAUCUACUGUUUGCGGUGCAUGGUUGGCCACGAUGUGCCCCUAAAUCAGGGUUGUUUGGCACCUAUCCAGGUCAUAAUUCCGAGCAACUCUAUCCUUGAUCCGUCGGACGAUGCAGCCGUAGUCGGGGGAAAUGUUCUCACUUCGCAACGUAUCGUCGACACAGUUUUCAAAGCAUUCCGAACCUGUGCCGCUUCACAAGGUUGCAUGAAUAAUGUUACGAUUGGCGAUGAAAACUGGGGCUAUUACGAAACGGUCGCGGGAGGAAGCGGUGCCGGACCGGGAUGGCACGGAACCGGUGGAGUACACACACAUAUGACCAACACCCGAAUAACGGAUCCGGAGAUUCUGGAAUUGCGUUAUCCGAUUAUUUUGAAGAAAUUUUCGCUGCGAGAUGACCAGUCAGGUGGCGCCGGUUUAUACCGAGGCGGUGAAGGUGUUCAUCGGGAAUUGUUGUUCCGUAAACCGAUGACACUAUCAGUUCUAACUGAAAGACGCACCCUGCAACCGUAUGGCAUAGCCGGAGGUGAAUCGGCUAAAAGCGGAUUAAAUUUGUUGUUGAAGAAGAACAAAACAAUUAAUUUGGGUAGCAAAACGGCCAUCGAUGUUGAAACUGGCGAUAUCUUUUCGAUGAAGACUCCAGGAGGGGGUGGUUACGGUCGUCCCGCGACUAAUGCUUUCCCAAUUUUGAAUCUGGUUGAUGACGAUCCAUCGAAACCGUUUGUAGAACGCGGUAGCUUGUAUGAGUACCGCAUGGCCCAGGAGUCCGUCUGAUGGCACGACGUGGGGUUUAACUUCAAUUUUUACAUAGUUUUAAUUGUUAUACUAAUUAUAAUCAUUGUAGUAAUGUUUAAGUAGCGAACAAAUGAAUUUCAAUUUAACAACAGUAUAUCCUUCAUCACAUUUUCCUCUCAGAUAAUCACAUAUAUAUGUUCGGACAGUAAUUUUUUUUUCUGAAACUGAAAGAGAUUUUUAAGCAGUUUUUUGCGUAGAGAUUACUUUACAUUUACUAAUUCUCAAUAAUUAGACUAGUUUCACUUGUAACAAAUUUGCCAAAAAUCUUCCACAGAAAGCACAAAAUGUAACUGAAGUGUUCCAAAAUGUUUUACCAAAGGUAUACGAUCAUAUAAAACCAGUUAUAUAUUUCAGCUUCCAAUAGAAUCUAGAAAUGUGAUAUUCAACGAAUGUGGUGUGAUAAUAAGGCACAAAUUGAUGAUAAUAAAUAAAAUCCAAUUCAAAUUAUGAACCAACAAUUCCUCAAAA